AUGGUUUCCAAGCUCAGCUUCAAAGGCGAGACAAAGAGAAAGAAACACGGCCACAAGAAGAGGAAGAUACCAUUACUUGACUCUGAACGAUUCUCCGUUAACAAUGAACUGGUAACGUUGGGUGAAAUAGAUCGCAAUAGAUUAAAGAGAUGUAAUUGGACAACAGCGGCAAACUAUGACGACAUCAAAGAUGGAGAGCCUGUAUUGAUAGCGAUGGAAAGAAAAGAUAACUUGGGAGUUAUCAAUGUGACAGAUGGUGAUAAGGUGACGAUCAGCAAAGAGAGUAGUUUACAAGUCAAGUCAGUUGGCGAAUGCAUCAACUUCACCAAUGGUGCAAGUAUUGAUUUGGCAAAUAAGGUUCAAAGAGUUGAGCCUACACUACCAAAUCAAGUUCUGAUAGCAGUUGAUGUUGAAAAUCUUGUGACGAAUGGAGAUAAAAACGAACACAAGGUCAAAUACAUAGCAUUGAAAGAUGGAAGAAGCAGCAGCUAUUUGUCACAUGACCCAGAGACACACCUUUUGACUCUUUCAAAGGUGUUGACAGACAAUGAGAUAUUUAAAUUAGAACACGUGCCAUCAGCCAGGUCGAACUUCAGCAUCUGCAUCAAAGCAAACAACGAUUACAAGUUGAUAGUGACGGAUCAAUUAGUGCUUAGAGUAAUUGAGGAUCCCGAGAACUUACUUGAUGAUCUCAAUAACUUCAAUAUACGGGUGCAAUUGGUCAAUAGUGAACCUGCAAGGAAGAUUAUCGAUCUUCUUAAUGGCGAAAACCAUAAUAAAGAUGAAGAUACGGAGGAGAGAGUCUCUUCUGCUGUUAAAGAACUGAUUAAAGCGGGCAUAAAGGUGACCAACCAGGUACUUAGAGAGACAAAACGAGCAGCUAGAGAAAAUUGGUUGAACGAGUAUAUAGUGGAGCUAAAGGAGAAGACAGUGACUGAUCGGGGGGUUUGA